UUGAACUGCGAUUAAUUACAUGUCUAGACUGCUGGUUGUGAGGAUGUUGUCAACGGGGCAGAUUAAAUGGUGCUUGUGGGCUCCGCUGGUGUUACUGGCCCUGGUUUCCCAUUCCCCCACUAAGGCACAGGGACAAGUUCCAGUUCCAAGGAGGCUUCGUUUCAAAGUGCUGAGCCCAAGCAAACUCCUUGUUUCAUGGAAGGAGCCCAAAGGAGACUUUGACAGCUAUCUGUUCCUCUACAACAGUUCACCAGGUGGUCAGCAGAAGGAGAUCAUAAUAUCUAAAUCUGACACUAAAGUGUUGAUUACUGACUACAACCCCUCCAAGGAAUACACCGUCAGCGUCAUCAGUGUCAGUGGCAGCGAGCAGAGCAGACCGCUGAAGGGCCGACAUAAAGCUGAAAGAGGUGAGAGUGACAGAGAAGACAAGAUUGAGCCCGAGAGGCUGACUGAGUCAGUUGCACCUCCUGAGGACGCCAACGAGAUCUCUGGAGUUGACCAGUUUGUGUGCCACACUGAGGCCAUUGCAGACAUCGUGAUCCUGGUGGACGGCUCGUGGAGUAUCGGUCGCCUCAACUUCCGGCUGGUCCGCAUGUUCUUGGAGAAUCUGGUCAAUGCCUUUGAUGUUGGCAUCGAUAAGACAAGGAUAGGUCUGGCUCAGUACAGUGGUGAUCCCAGGAUAGAGUGGCAUUUAAAUGCUUUCUCCACAAAAGACGCCGUCAUUGAUGCCGUUAAGACCCUGCCAUACAAAGGAGGAAACACUCUCACAGGCCUUGCGUUGUCCUACGUUAUGGAGAACUGCUUCAAGCCUGAGGCCGGCUCACGAACGGGGGUACCCAAGAUUGGGAUCCUCAUCACGGACGGGAAGUCCCAGGACGAUGUCAUACCUCCUGCAGAGAGCCUGCGCAAUGCUGGAGUUGAGCUGUUUGCUAUUGGUGUGAAGAAUGCUGAUGAGGACGAGCUGCACUCCAUCGCCUCAGACCCCGACGUCAAUCACGUCUACAACGUGGCCGACUUCAACGUGAUGAGCUCCAUCGUAGAGGGUCUGACCAAGACUGUGUGUGAGCAAGUGGAGCUGCAGGACAAGGACAUCAAAGAGAAACAGCCACCAGAGAUGACAGGACCACCGCUUGAUCUGGUGACAUCAGAAGUCACAGCCCGGAGCCUCAGAGUUUCAUGGAGCCACGCCCCCGGAAACGUUGAGAAAUACAGAGUGGUUUAUUACCCUGCUCAGGGGGGAGAACCACAGGAGGCGGUCGUGGAGGGUAGUGAGACUUCAGCGGUGUUACAGCAUCUCAACUCUCUGACUGAGUACCAGCUGGCUGUGUUUGCUGUGUAUGCAAACGAGGCGAGCGGAGCUCUCAGAGGAUCAGAAACAACACUGGCCCUUCCCACAGUGACAGCCCUCCAGCUGCUGGAUGUCACUCACCGCACCAUAAAAGCAAAAUGGGACAGUGUGGAUGGAGUUUCUGGCUACAUGCUGCUGUAUGCACCGCUUACAGACGAUGGAGACUUGGAGGAGAAAGAGGUCAAGGUUUCAGAUGCAGUAACAGAGCUAGAACUGGAUGGGCUGACCCCUCACACUGAAUACACUGUGACUGUUUAUGCCAUGUAUGGGGAGGACGCCAGUGACCCCAUUACAAACCAGGAAACUACAUUACCACUGAGUCCUCCCAGCAACCUUCAGUUCUCUGACAUCACUCACAACUCCGCCCACAUCAGCUGGGACCCCGUGCCCAGCGGGGUUAAAGGUUACCGCAUCAUGUGGGUGAAGACAGACGGGUUAUUAACUGAAGAGGUGCAGGUGGGUCCAGUGAACUCGUAUGACCUCAGUGAGUUGACGUCUCUGAUGGAGUACUCAGUGGCUAUCUCUGCCCUGUACGACGAGGGCCAAUCAGAGCCGCUCACAGACGGAUUCACUACCCCUCCAGUUCCUGGUCCUUUGGAUCUACGCUCCAGUGAUGUCAGCACCGACAGCUUCCAGGUCAGCUGGGAUCACUCAGCCAAUGACAUCGUCCUCUACAGACUCUCCUGGGCGCCGUUCGCAGGCGGCGACACAAAGGAGGUGGUCCUGGAUGGAAGCGAUAACAGAUACAUCCUGAGCCGUCUGACUCCGUCCACCGAGUACGAAGUUAUGUUGACAGCUGUAUUCAAAGAUGAGUCUGAGAGUGACACCGUCUCUGUUAUAGAGACCACAUUGGCCAAGACAACAACGAUUGCUACCACAACUACAGUGGCACGUCAGGCUGUGAGAAAUCUUCUGCUGAGUGACGAGACCACCCAGAGUUUAGAGGCAUCAUGGGAGCUGGAAGACCCCCACGUGGAGAGCUACAGGGUCUCUUACGGUGAUCUCAACGGCGCCCACAAAGAGGAGUCUGUGUCAUUUCCUGGUGGUCAGACGAGAGCAGUGCUUGAGCCUUUACUAGCAGACACUCAGUACAAAGUGACAGUCACACCAGUGUACGCUGACGGACAAGACGGCAUCAGUGUCUCUGGCCUGGCUGCCACAUUGCCCCUGUUGUCUCCUGGAAACCUGCGAGUGUCAGAGGAGUGGUACAACCGUUUCAGGGUCACCUGGGAUCCACCUCAGUCUCCUACGAUGGGUUACAGGAUCGUCUAUCAGCCCAUCUAUGUUGCAGGACCAGUUCUGGACACCACAGCGAGUGAAGAUGUGAACUCCAUGAUGCUUUUGAAUCUCCUCAGUGGGACAGAGUACAGUGUUGAAGUGACGGCGACUUACCCUGCAGGACAGAGUGAACCACUUCUCGUAAAUGCCAAGGACAUGUAAGCAUCUUUAUCAUGAACCUUGUUCCUCGGUGUCUCUGGCUUGUCGACCUACCAGGUACGUCACAACAGCAUGUGUGUCCAGUGGCAGCCUCUUCUACAUGCCACGUUAUACAGAGUCUCCAUUCAGUCCACACUCAAUGGUCAGAGGCAGGAAGUGAGCCUCGGCGGCGGUGCUUCCAGACAGUGCUUCUUUGACCUCACACCCAGCAGCCAGUACCAGAUCAGCGUUCACACCCACAUGCAGGAAAUGGAGGGACCUUCUGUCUCCAUCACUGACAUGACGCUGCCAGCGCCCACUCAAGCUCCCACUGAACCCCCCACCACAGAGCCCCCCCCCACCAUCCCACCUGCUAAAGAAGUGUGUAAGGAGGCCAAGGCUGACCUGGCGUUCCUGGUCGAUGGUUCCUGGUCGAUUGGAGACGACAACUUCAUGAAGAUCACACGUUUCCUCUACAGCACCAUGGGAUCGCUGGAUCUGAUUGGACCAGAUGGCACACAGGUGGCCAUCGCUCAGUUCAGCGACGAUGCUCGGACAGAAUUCCAGCUGAGUUCCCAUAGCAACAAGGAAGCGUUGCUUGAGGCGAUUCAGCAGAUCAGAUACAAGGGAGGAAACACCAAGACAGGACGGGCUAUCAAACAUGUGAAGGAAUCGAUUUUCACCCCUGAGGCCGGAGCUAGAAGGGGCGUUCCCAAAGUCCUGGUGGUUCUCACUGACGGACGUUCACAAGAUGAUGUCAACAAAGUGUCCAAGGAGAUGCAGAUGGAUGGCUAUAUCAUCUUUGCUAUCGGCUUUGCGGACGCAGACUACGGAGAGCUGGUGAAUAUUGCCAGCAAGCCCAGCGACAGACACGUCUUCUUCGUGGACGAUUUGGACGCUGUAAAGAAAAUAGAAGAACAGCUCAUUACUUUUGUGUGUGAGGCCGCCACCGCCACUUGUCCGUCUGUGUUGAUGAGUGGAAACACAAUGGCAGGUUUCCGUAUGAUGGAGAAGUUUGGCCUGGUGGAGAAGGAGUACAGCACCAUCCCUGGAGUCUCUCUGGAGCCGGGCUCCUUCAACAGCUUCCCCUGUUACAGGUUACACCGAGACGCCCUGGUGUCACAGCCCACCAAGUACCUUCACCCUGAAGGUUUACCCUCCGACUACACCAUUUCUAUGAUGCUCCGCCUACUUCCCGAGACCCCGCAGGAGCCCUUUGCAUUGUGGGAAAUCCUCAACAAGGACAAUGAGCCACUGGUGGGACUAAUCCUGGACAACUCUGGAAAGACCUUGACGUUCUUCAACUAUGACUACAGAGGAGACUUCCAGACCGUCACCUUUGAAGGAACUGAAAUCAAAAAAAUCUUCCAUGGCAGCUUCCACAAGCUCCAUGUAACCAUCAGCAAGACGUCUGUGAAGGUGGUGUUGGAUUGUUCUGUUGCUGGGGAGAAGUCCGUCAGUGCUGCUGGAAACAUUACCACAGAUGGAGUGGAGAUCCUCGGAAGGAUGGUUCGGUCCAGAGGCAAACGGGACAACUCUGCUCCGUUUCAGCUCCAGAUGUUUGACAUCAUCUGCAGUACAUCCUGGGCCAGCAGAGAUAAAUGUUGUGAGCUGCCAGCAUUGAGAGUUGAGGAGCAGUGUCCCUCCAUGCCUCAUGCCUGUACCUGCUCCCAGGACAGCAAAGGACCUCCAGGACCUUCCGGACCCCCUGGCGGUCCAGGCAUAAGGGGAGCCAGAGGAGACAGAGGAGAGCCAGGAGUGACGGGACCUCAAGGACCAGUGGGAGAGAUAGGCCCUUCUGGACCGUCGGGACCCCCCGGUCCUCAGGGACCUAGUGGUCUGUCUAUUCAGGGGCUGCCGGGAGCUGCUGGAGAGAAGGGAGAGAGAGGAGAGAUCGGUCCAGCCGGACCAAUGGGCGUUUCUGGAAGCACGGGCCCCCCUGGAAGAGACGGCCCCCCAGGAGUCAGGGGGCUGCCGGGUAACAGUGGACCACAGGGACGACAAGGACCUUCUGGACCCAUUGGAACCCCGGGAGCACCAGGAGCUCCAGGACCUGGUGGAUCAGCAGGACCCCAAGGAGAUCAAGGACUUCCUGGUCCUGCUGGUACCAAAGGCGAUAAGGGAGAAAGAGGCGAUGUGCAAACCCAGGCUGCUGUGCGCGCCAUCGCACGGCAAGUGUGUGAACAGCUGAUCCAGAGCCACUUGUCUCGUUAUAACUCCAUACUGAACCAGAUCCCCGUCCAGUCGUCAGUGUCAGUCCGAACAGUACCUGGACCGCCCGGAGAGCCCGGCAGGAGAGGCCUCCCAGGACCUCAGGGAGAGCAAGGGCCAACCGGCAGGCCAGGGUUCCCCGGUACCAGCGGCCAGAACGGACGGCCGGGAGAGAGAGGUCUUUCAGGAGAGAAGGGGGAGAGGGGGAGUCCAGGGAUUGGAACACAGGGACCACGAGGUCAACCUGGACCUCCAGGGCUGCCUGGUGAAGGACGGACAGGCAGCCAGGGCCCACCUGGCCGGCCUGGUAACCCGGGAACACCGGGGAGGUCAGGGAAUCCGGGUACCACCGGACCAGCCGGCCCACCAGGAUACUGUGACCAGAACUCUUGUAUGGGGUACAACGUUGGAGUCCAACCCCUGCCCCACGGCGGCUACCAGCCCUACAACCAGCCGUACAACCAGCCGUACAACCCUGCUGCUGUGGCUUACAACGACCAAGGAGGCCAAGACGAGGAGGAGGAGGAGGGAGAGGAAGAGCAGGACCCCUAUUAUCACGGUUACCCGCCUCAGUACUACCCCCAGCAGCCCUCACAACAGGGUUACCACGGUUACCGCUCGAGCCCCACCCACGAGGACACGGAGGUGAGGUCGCCGGGCGUGGCCAGGAGGUUUUCACGUGACGUCGUUGUGAUGGAGGAAGGACUUUAGAGGAAGGAUGGACUCACCUAAAGUGCUUGAGCCCUGCACGCCAUAACACACACACACACACACACACUGAUAUUCACACAUGGAAACAAACCAGACACUGACACGUCGUCCCCCAUCUCAAACUGUGGUGAGAUCCCCCCCUCCAGGUGUUUCCAGUGGUUUUCUCCACCUGGUCAAACAAUGUAAAUAUCUCUGUGGACUCUUGUACGAUAUCUCUGUAAAAGGGGGGUCCGAAAAGUGCCUGAUCUAUGUUAGCAUCGUCCAGUGGUAAUGUAAAAAUAAGACCCGUUUCUUCCAUCUCACAGCUCAUUUCAGGACUAAACCCUUCUUUUUGUGCGUGAAGCUGCAUGUCUCCCACGAGCCAAACAUUGAGUGUGUAUCUGGACACGUGCAUCUUGUUUCGGUUGUAUGUAACUUGCUAGAUUAUUUUACAAUUCAAACGGAGGACGUUGAGAUGGCGCCAUUUGUACAGGCUGCUUUUUAUAAUGAUGAAUCACGAUUUCCCGGCUUUCAUGCUGUCUUUAUUUCAGUGUGUAAAGAAAUAAUGUUUUUGAAGUGAUUUUCUCCGUACAGUAUUGUGUUGAGUUUGCUUCUUUUUUUUAACCAACUAUUAUUGGAGAUAAUCCCCCUAAAAUUGACUGUAGAUGCAUCAAAUUUCUGAUAAGUUUAAUAUUACCUUAACACUGUGGAACACAAUCAAA